UUCGCCACAAUACAAUAACGUAUUCAGAUAAAUAAAGACGAUGACGUGUGUUAGUUGCAUGUGUAGUUGUUCCACAAUGUUGUGUUUGUAUGGGCACGUAUAGACAGAGCGAGUUAUUAUCAUCGACCACGACAAGACAGAAGAUAGUCGAGAGAGUUUGGUUUUUUUUGUUGGUUUUUCCGUUCAUUUUUGUUAUGUGCCUAUUUUGUAUAAUAAAUUUAUUCGUUUUCUAUCAAUUUCGAUUGUUUGAUGUGAUUUGGGUAGUGAAACAAAAAUCAUUUGAUGAAAUUUAUGAGGUGCAAACGUAAAAUGUGACAAGAGAAUAAAUUUAAGUAAAGAAAUAUCAUUCACAAAAGACAACAGUGUUGUAGUUAGAGGAACUGUAUCUCUGUGUUUAUUUUUGAAGUGGAAACUUACUGGUGGCAUAACAUACACACAACAGAGGAAAAAAACACGCCACUACAAUGAUUUGUAAAUUAACCAUGCGGACUGUACAUCAACAUUAAGCGAGAAGAAAAACAUUCUAGCUGGGGCUUGCAAAAUCACAAUCGGAAUCGAAUAAAUAAACGACACAAAAACCGAAAUAUAAUAUGAUUUGAUAAGAGUGGUGCUCGAGCAGAAAACGUAAAUAUAAAUCACUGAAGAAAAUGGCACAAGGUGUGUCACAUCAAGCGCAGUUACUGCGCGAUUCUUGGCUAACAUCGGUUUCAGCCCCGUCGCCGCCAACGCCAACAUCGUCCGCACUUCGGAACAGUGCAAAAACGGCAGACAAACGUGAAAAGGAGAUAAUACAUUCGGGCCAUUUUAUGGUAUCACACUUUGAAGCCGAAGCUCAAGAUGAUGAAGACACCGAAUUACCAAUGCCCGACGAUGAUGGUGGCAGUGCCAUCGUUCCAUUAAACACAUGCACCGGUGUGGUUGCAUUAUCGGGUACUAACCAUCAAAGCCAUGCCAUUGCCACAACAAAUGCAAGAGCAAACAAUGCUGUAAUCGAUAUUUCGCUGGCGAAACUCUUCAAAUGCAUGAAUUUAGCAUACAGACAAAAAUUGACAUCACCCAAAUGGAACAGUUUUAAAGGAAUUCGCCUGCGUUGGAAAGAUAAAAUUCGAUUGAACAAUUUGAUUUGGCGAUGUUGGCAUAUGCAGUUUAUAAUGAAGAAAAAAACACUGGUGUGUCAGUUUGCGUCACCAUUAGAUGUAGAUCUACACAGUAAACCCGAAUCAGUCGUACUUGAGGGCAAAUAUUGGAAACGACAAUUUGACGUUAUUAAAGCCGAAUACAUGAAAUGGCGAAAAUUUUAUCGUAACCGUGGGCUCGCAAAUGCCAUAUUAGAUACAGUUAGUGAAAUUGAUAUAUUCGAUUGGUCGCCGGCAACCAGUGAUAAGAAUUUAAUGAGCAUUGAUGAUUACUGCUGGACAGCUGAUACAUUAUUCUCAACCAUUAAUUCAACACCGUUUCCAUUUCCGGAUCCACGUGAAAUUGCUAAAGCUGGCAUUGCUGAUUUUAUUCAGCCAAGCUUGGGGCCACUUCAACCAAACUUGGAGGAUUUUAUGAAUGAACUUCCGUUGCAAGAACUCAUAAAUAGUCAUUUAUCGUCGCGUUUACCACCAGUUCCCGAGGAGAGCAGCGACGACGGCAUGUACAGAGGAGAUAUCUCCUACGAUUUUCCUGCGAUAAUGGAAUCAGAACCGAUGGAUUCAUCGAUGAUUCAACAGACGACAAUCAGCGAUGUGACCAAUUUAAAUGCACGCGAUCAAUUGUCCGACUCAUUAAUAUGCGCUUCCUCUGCACGAACAAUGCAACAAUCACAAAAUUCAGCAAAUAUGCUGCCAUUCAAUACACAAUCCCAAGCUUCAAUCUUACCGUAUCAGGGUAAUCAAGCGAUGCCACCGCCAAUGAAUCAAUUGACAAUGAGCCGAAGUGGUAACGUUGUGCCAUCACAAAUUCAAACGCAAUCAAUGCUCAGUCAAAGUACUCCAUACAUGAGUGCAAGUACAAAUCAAGCGGUAAUUCAAUCGCAAAAUGUCGACUUAUCCAAUUUAACUGGAGCCAAAAAGCGAAUACCGAUCAAAGAACGUGGUCUUCGGUCACAAUUGUUUGGUCGACGUGAACCACACAAUUAUGAUAAAUCAACACCUACACAACAUCAAACAAAUCUGUACAAUCAAAUGCUUGCACAACAAAAUCGAACGCAACUUCAAAUACAACAGCAGCAACAACAAAAUCAACUAAAUAGCUCAAUGAGCGGUGUUGGUGGCACAACAAUUUAUAAUAGUACAAAUUAUUUGGGUUCACAAAAUGUCCAAUCACCAAUUCAAACCACCACAAAUACCUAUGCAAAUGCAUUGAAUCUAACAUCAAAUAAUACAUUCAAUGUGCCACAAAAUCAAAUGAAUGCAAAUGUUAUGAAUAUGAUGCAAAAUUCAACGCAACAACCCCAAAUGGCAUCACAAACACAAACUUCAACCGCUAAAUCGAGCUCAAAUCUUCUAUCGCUGCUGUCAAUGAAAAGCACAUCGAAUGCAUCCGACAUUGAUAUAAGUCAACUGGAUCCGUAUAAAAUGACAACGACCGGAUCACCAACUAACGCCUAUAAACCAUAUUCAUUGCAACAAUCGAUGAAAAGUGCAUCGUACCAGCAAUUGUCACAACGAAAUCUACAGUCGGUGGCAACACAAAUGAAUCAACAGCAACAACCACAACAACUUAGCGUAAAUACAGCGGCAAUGGAUAAAGAAUUGUUCCGCUCAAAGAGUCUACCAAUGAAUAGUACGUUGCAAUUGCCGGUAAUGCGUGAAGAAUCGUUUGUUGUGCCAAAGUACCAAGCCUCCAAAUCGACAUCGACAUCGAAUCGCAUUCGUGCCAGAAGUAAUUCAAUGAUUUCAAAGCAACAACAUCACAGUACACCAUCACUGCAAUCGGCUGCGAGUGAACCCAUGCUAAAAACUCUUGCCCAAUUGUUGACGUCACCGUCAAAUUCGGGCGGCGGUAGUUCAUCGGUUACAAAUCUACAGCAAUCAAAUGUACUUCAAAACGCCAAUGUUGUAACACCAAACGAGAUUACGAUGUCACAAACACAGCAGAAAAAACAAAUUAAUCAAUUCCAAAGUCAAUUUUCAACACAAUUUUCUCAACCAUUAUCACCUGAUAAUAAAUUUGUUGGUUCACCCAGUGCUGGUGUGAGUCUGUCACAAUUAUCGCCUGGAUCAAGCGGCGAAUCAAUGCAACGACGCGUUGGACACAUACAUGCUGAACAAAAACGACGAUAUAAUAUCAAGAAUGGUUUUGAUAUGCUUCACACACUCAUACCAACAUUGCAUCAAAAUCCAAAUGCAAAAUUGAGCAAGGCAGCUAUGCUACAAAAGGGCGCCGAAUAUAUUAAGCAGCUACGAGCCGAACGGGAUGCUGUUAAUCAAAAAAUGGACACACUACGCAAAGAACGAGACGCUCUUAAUAAUUCGUUAAAUCAUUUACACUCAGUACUGCCGGCAAACGGAGCUCCAGUGUCACGACAGAGAACGAGUCGCGUCAAAGAAAUGUAUACGGAAUAUGUAAGAGAAAAAACGUUACAGAAUUGGAAGUUUUGGAUUCUUGGCCUAAUAUUCGAACCACUUUUGAACUCAUACAAUUCAACAGUUUCAGUAGCCAGCAUGGACGAGUUAUAUCGUUCAGCAAUGAUUUGGGUGGAUCAACACUGUUCUUUAGUUGAAAUUCGUCCAGCUGUUUCCGAUAAGCUACGUUAUUUAUCGACCACCACAGAUAUACUGUCCGAUCCGCCAUCAACAUUACAAGAAGAGGUAUUGAAAGCGAUAUCAUCCAAUAAUGUAGGCAGUUCAACAAACCUCCUCUAAUUUUCAACAUGCACGCUGCAUUUUGAAGUGCAUGGAACGUGUAGGCAGCAUAUUUUUCAAAUUCAAAGAAAAAAGACUGAAAUGUGCAUUAAGGCUAUCAACUUCAAAAAUCCGUACAAAAGAACAAUAAGAAAGCGAAAAAAAUGUAAAAUGAUCCCAUCAAAACAAAUCAACACACGAAUUAUCGACUCAUUUGUGCAUAUUACAAAUGAAUAUCUCAACAUGUAGGUUGUACAAUAUUUUUUUUUAUUUGUGCAUUCGGAAAAUAAGAAAGUUGUUCAAUUGGCAUGCGUUGUUUUGAUGAAGAGAAUCAAUCAGACUCAACAUUUGCGAUCCCUACAAGCCUUGUGAAUGAACAAACACAAUUGAACAAUGGAAAUUGAAUAAAGAAAAAGAUUAAAUGUAAAAAGAAAGCAAUUAGAAUCGCUUCAGUAAAAUGUAGUCAUAACACUUCGGAUUCGCCUUAUUGUUAGUGUUUUUUUUUGUUAUUUCAGUCUGGUUAGUAAGUGAAUUUGUCAUGAAAGAAGAAAAAAACGUUAAAAAGAACGAAACGAAGAAAAGAAAAAAUGCCAAAAAAUUGUUUAUAAUCGUGUAAAAUAAAACAGAAUAUGUUAAGUCGAACAUAAGAACAAAAA